UGGUAUUCUCACUCCCUUCCUGAUGGCCUGCUUUCUGCAUGAAAACCAAUAAAAUCUGAGCUCCUGACUCAAAGCUGCAGCUGUCCUGCCAGGGUCACAGAGGACAGGAGGCUGCUGCGAUCUGACAUCUUUUGGAUGAAACCACCCCAGAGAUCAUAUAUUCAAGAAGGGGAGCUCAAGGCCUGAUCAAACAAACUGACUCAAAUAAAUGAUAGGACUGAGGAAGUCAUCUUUGCAAGAGAACUGGGAUUGUGCUGAGCCGUUUUACUAGUUGAGGAUGGGUAAAAGUCAAGACUCACAGGUGGAGGAGAGACCCAAAUGGGACAACAAGGUCCAAUACCUGCUAACAUGCAUCGGUUUUGCAGUGGGGAUUGGAAAUGUGUGGCGUUUUCCCUACCUAUGUCAGAUCUAUGGAGGAGGAGCGUUCCUCAUCCCGUACCUGAUAGCACUGGUGUUUGAGGGCCUCCCCCUGCUCUACCUGGAGCUGGCUAUAGGACAGAGGCUCCGGAAGAGCAGCAUCGGGGUCUGGAACUCCAUCUCCCCGCUGCUGGGUGGUGUUGGCAUCGCCUCCAUGAUAGUUUCCUUCCUGGUGGCCAUGUUUUACAACACCAUCCUGGCCUGGGUGCUCUGGUACUUCUUUCACUCUUUCCAAGAGCCGCUCCCAUGGAGCUACUGUCCACUCAAUGAAAACAUGACAGGUUUUAAUGAAGAAUGUGAGAAGAGCACUCCAGUGAAUUACUUCUGGUAUCGCAAAACCCUGAACAUCACCCCGAACAUUGAGACCAGUGGCUCCCUACAGUGGUGGCUGGUGGUCUGUCUGGCCAGCGCCUGGAGUAUAGUCUACAUCUGCUUCAUCAAAGGCAUCGAUUCCGUUGGGAAGGCUGUUUAUGUGACCACCACAUUCCCUUACCUGGUCUUGACCAUCUUCCUGGUCCGUGGCCUCACUCUGCCCGGAGCAACAGAUGGUUUGGCUUACCUUUUCACUCCAGAUGUAAGUCUGACUAAGUUGUGGGUUGACAAAACUAGGUUUGAUGCUCUAAAUGUGAUGUUCUUCCUGUUCCAGUGGGAGAUACUGAAGAACCCACAGGUGUGGCUGGACGCCGCAACUCAGAUCUUCUUCUCUCUUUCAGUGGCUUUUGGAGGUCUUAUUUCGUUCUCAAGCUAUAAUUCAGAGAGAAAUGACUGCGAACGAGACGCCAUUCUUGUUGGUGUGAUAAAUAGUGCAACGUCUCUCUACGGGUCCAUUCCCAUAUUUUCCAUUCUGGGAUUCAAAGCCAGAUCUGCCUAUAACUCAUGUCUAGAAAGAAACAUCCUGACUCUGACCAACCACUUUGAGAUUUCAGACCAGAAUGUCACAUUGGAGAACUAUUAUCAUUGGUAUAAUCAUCUGAAUCAGAAAUUUCCAGUGGAAUUCCAAAAUUUGAAUCUGAAGGAGUGUGACCUCCAAACAUUCCUUGACCAGAGCGCCUCAGGUACUGGCCUGGCUUUCAUCGUGUUCACAGAAGCAGUGAUAGAGAUGCCGGGUUCUCAGGUGUGGGCCGUACUGUUCUUCGUCAUGCUCUUCAGCUUGGGUCUUUCCUCAAUGUUUGGUAACCUAGAAGGUGUCAUCACACCCAUCAAAGAACUCCACUUGGUACCCAAGAGUAUCCCCAAUGAAAUUCUGUCAGGAAUCCUGUGUCUAAUUUCCUUCGGGGUCGCCCUCAUCUUCAGCCUGGGCUCAGGGAACUACUGGGUGGAGGUCUUUAACGGCUAUGUAGGCUCCGUCCCUUUGCUCGUCAUCGCAUUCUUUCAGAUUAUCGGAGUGAUUUACAUCCGUGGAAUGAAAACUUUCAGUGACGACAUUUAUUUUAUGACCGGGAGGAGGCCCAACAUCUACUGGAAAGCAUGCUGGUUAGUGAUCAGUCCAUUGAUGCUGCUGGUGGUGCUGGUCGCCUACGUGAUCGUCCAAGCACAGAAACAUCCGACAUAUCCCACAUGGAACCCAUCCUAUGAACUGUUCCCUCAAACUGAGGUGAAGAACUAUCCGGACUGGGUGUUCGCUAUCAUCAUCCUCCUCUGCACCGUUCCUGUGCUGUCCAUCCCUCUGGUGGCUCUGGUCAGACUGAUCCGCUCUAGAGUCGGAAGGUCAUCCACUGCAGCCAACCUGAACCCCUACGAAAACGGCAGCUUUGAGAUUGAAGAACGGGAAGAGAGGAAUUCAAAGGCUUGAAUCUGUGGAACGUCUAUUGUCAUCUACUUCAGCUGAGAACAAUGUCCUAAAACAGACAAUCCUGCUGGUUUCAAUGCUGAACUUCAAACAUCAGGUCUUUUCAUUUCACUUGACUCCACUUUGAGUACUUGGUUGACAGUACAAGAAAUCCCUUGAGACUGACUAUAUUUCUGUGCACGUAUUUACACACAAGUUAUUUUUAAAGCUUAACCACAUCUUCUUUGUGGAAAACUACCACAGAGGGGAAAUCAAAGUCCAGAGAUACCGGCGUCUGAGGAAUGAGCCCGGCUCCGUGACAGUAGCUGGAUUCUUUUCAAGUUUUUAACUCAACUUGAGCUUGUUUUAUGACACCAGGUUAUCACCAAGUUUUAUCACUUAAGUUUUUUAUAAGAGAUGACUAAAGCCCAUUUACUGUGCUUUACGGAGCAGGCAAGAUUCCAUUUCCCUAGACGAGAAUCAAAAGCUUAACCUGAAAGUUCAUGUUAAUCUGGAAGAAACAGAAAAUGUUUUCCUUGUUUUUUUAAAUCACUUUAACAAAAAUAAAUCCUCUUGUGGAGGCUGUGCUGUAAAACUGCCCAGAGAUUUACCUUCCUGUGACUGCUUUUACCUGUGCAGUUACAUCUGCAGGAAAUCCAGCAGAGCCCUGGGGUCGGAGGCCUGUUGGACCCUGGCAAGCCUCAGGUCUCCCAGAAGCCUCUCCAUGUGGCGCUUGCCUGUCCACGGGAUGAAAGCAGAAAAUGAGACGGCAUUUUUUGUUUUUCACUCCUUUGUGCAGACAAACGUAAAAUUCACCCAUCUGAGCUGUAAAAUCCCAUAACAGCUCGUAAUAAAACUGCUGAAAACAUUCAGAUUGGCCAGCAUGGAUGCAGCAUCACAAAGUCCAAAGUAUUCCAGGAAAGUUGCUCUGUGUUUUCAUGAUGGUCUUUAUGGGUCUCUUUCUCUAGCUGCUGUGCUGCAGUUUCAACAUAAAAACCCAGAAAACAGAGUUUGAGCUUGAUUGUUAAUCUGGUAUUCCUGUGCGCCUCCGAGAUGAUGUCAUCCUCAGUCAAAAUCACAGCAACAUCCAGGAUAUUUCAUCAGAACCAUCAGCUCAGCAAACCUCGCUCCGACUCCUGACGAUGGAGGUUUUAUGGAGAAGCAGAAGUUCAGUAAACAAAUUAGGAAGACAGUCCUGAUCCCACUGUAGCGAGCAGCUUUGUCAACAAUACAAGAAUACAAGCUUCUAAGAAAACAUCGAGAUUUAAAUACUAAAAUACUCAAAGUCCCACUCCAAUCAGCGUAAUAAAUAAGCUAUUUUUCCAA